AUGAGUCAAAGAACUGAAUCACCUUCUCGCCCCAGUACUCCUACUCAGAAUUACGAUAUUACCAUUGGUUGUAAGUUGUAUGUAGAAGUAAAAAAGGGUAAAUCAGGAGACAAAGCUCAAGAAUUUCGAAAAGCGGAAAUUUUAUCCAUUCGAACCAAUAAUCAAGGUCAAACAGAAUAUUAUGUUCAUUUUUUGGAAUUUAAUAAACGUUUAGAUGAAUGGGUAAAGAUAGAUAGAUUUGAUCUUUCAAGAGAUGUGGAAAGAUCAGUAAAAAAGAAAAUUGGUAAAAGUAUAAGAGAUGAAACACCAUCUCUUUCUGGUUCUCCUCUACGGGAAGGAAGCAGAACACCUUCAACUGCUAGUCAAAAAAGAAAGAUUGCAGCAUUGGAGGACGCAUCAACUCCUUCGACGCCUUUACUUGAACCACAGAACGAUGAUUAUGAAUCUAUCGAUGGAAGUUUAACACCCGGUAGUGUUACUCCUUUAGGUCUUUUGUCAUCUAAUUAUACCGAAGAACAAGAGAUUGAAAGAUUACGUACUUCAGGAUCAAUGACUCAAAUACUUUCAGAAAUUUCAAGAGUAAAAAAUCUAGAGAAAAUUCAUUUUGGACCUUAUGAUGUAGAAACAUGGUAUUUUUCGCCAUAUCCUCACGAAUAUAGUGAAACGGGAGAAGUAUACAUUUGUGAAUUUUGUUUAUUUCAUUUUAUGUACGAAAGACAACUUCGUAAUCAUGUAAAGAAAUGUCAAAUUAGACAUCCACCUGGAAAUGAAAUUUAUCGAUGUGGGGACAUAUCAUUCUUUGAGAUUGAUGGAAACAAACAAAAAACAUAUUGUCGUAACCUUUGCUUAUUAUCAAAACUCUUUCUGGAUCAUAAAACACUUCGUUUUGAUGUUGACCCAUUUCUUUUUUAUAUUAUGUGUCAAUGUGAUAAUUAUGGAUGUCAUUUGAUUGGAUAUUUUUCAAAGGAAAAAGAAAGUACUGAAGGAUAUAAUUUAGCAUGUAUUCUUACUUUACCUCAACAUCAACGGAAAGGAUUUGGACGAUUAUUAAUAGCAUUUUCUUAUGAACUUUCUAAGAAAGAAGGAAAAGUGGGAUCACCCGAGAAACCAUUAUCUGAUCUUGGAUGGGUUUCAUAUCGUUCAUAUUGGUCAGAGGUAAUAGUACAAAUAUUAUUAGAGGCAAGAAACAAUAGUGAAGAAGUUACCAUUGAAGAUAUUUCCAAUAGAACAAGUAUUAAACAAGAUGAUGUUAUUUCAACCUUAAAUUAUUUAAACGCACUUAAACCUUAUAAAGGUCAAACAAUUAUUUGUUUAUCUGAAGGAGUAAUUUCAGCUUACAAUAAAUCAAGAAUUAAACAUGCAAAUCGUAAAAUCGAUGAAUAUUGUCUUCAAUGGACACCUCCCCAUUUCACUUCUAACCAAUUAAGAUUUAUAUGA